GACAUCAGUACCGGGUACCGGAUGCGGAUGCGGACACGUGCGUGGCCCGCAAUUCUCUCGCCAAAUCUCGACAAGUCCUGACUUGACGCGACCCCACACACAAGUUCAUAGUUUAGAGCUCAGCGGUUGUUCAGUUGUUCUGCGUGAGAAGAUCUAGCAUCAUUUUUUUCUGUCACUUUCUUACCUUGUUUAUUUUGGUUCCCUUUUUUUUUUUGGUUUUUUUUUUUCCCGGUACCCCCGUGGUGUGUGUGAUGUGUGUCUUUUUGUUUGGAGUGCGAGUUUUUAGUUGCCAGCAAUUGCUGCUGCCAGUUUGCAAUUAAAGACCAGCCCCAAUGCAAAUGGCAAACAGUGAGGGGCUGUGGGACUUAAAGAACCAUAACCGAGAGGCGAAAUAUUAAAUACUAAAUGCCAGCCGCCCAGGGAAAGCCAGUUCAGUCCGCCUGUUGCCUGUCAGCAUUUUGUUGAAGUUACUGCCCCAGUCGCAGUCACAAUCGCAUCCACAGUCGCAGUCACCGUCACAGCCAUCACCAUCAGGAUCUGCAUCUCCCUCAGGUGUCCUGAGCGACCAUCCAGCCACUUUCAGUGUGAACAGUUAUUGGCAUGCCACGCCCCCGCCGAGCGUAGCAAAAAGGGGCUGGAACAGGAAACAGAACCAGGAGCCGGAAGAAGAAGCGUAAAUAAAUAUGAUAAAGCUUAAGAAUAUAUAAUAAAGGGGAGAAGACGAAGCGAGGAGAAGGGAAAGUUUAAAUGAAAUAACGCAAUAUAAAAAACAUAAAUAACUAAGGAAAGAGCCGAAGAAGAAGAAGCAGUCGAAGGGGCCAGCGAAGAGUAGAGCCCAAAAAAGUAGGCAACAAAAAAACGGCAGCCGAGAAUCCGUGAGGCUGGCCGAAGAUACUAUAAGGUGAGGCCUGCAUUUGGAACUACCCCCCGUUUGCCGCCCCCCGAGAGGAAGCUCCGCUCCAGGAUAAGCAGCAGAAUCUGGCCAAGGACCCGGGAGAAAGAGAAGCAGAGCUGGGCAGCCGGACAAGAGAGAAUAGAGCUCAAUUACGCCGCCAAACUGUCGUGUCAGCAACAACGUGAAAUGUGCAAUUCCUGGCUGGUGCUCAUAAUUGCGCUCUCCGUUGUCGUCUGCCUGUGGAACUCGCAACAAACCGAAACAUCCAAAUCAUGCCCAGCCGAGUGCAUCUGCUUGUCCCAGACUCAAGUGCUGUGUAACACGGGCGGCCUCGAGCAGAUCCCCCUGCGCCAGCUGCCGGCGACGGUGGAGAACCUGGCGCUGACCAAGAACAACUUUCCGAUCAUCAAGCCGGACUCGUUCGCCGGCCUGCGGGCGCUGAAGAAGCUCUCGCUGGACGGGAACAACAUCACGCGGAUCAAGCAGUUCGCCUUCCGCGGCCUGCCGCGCCUCAAGGAGCUCUCCAUCCAGUACACGCCGCUCCAGAUGGUGGCCCAGUUCGCGUUCGCCGGGCUGCAGAAUCUCUCCACCAUCCUGCUGAGCCACAACCAGAUCCAGCGGAUCGAGGGCAACGCCUUCGCCGGCACCUCGAACAUCAAGCUGAUCCUGCUGACCAACAACCCCCUGAUCCGCAUCGACAGUUCGGCCUUCUCCAGUUUGACGAACGUGGGUCAUCUGAUCCUGCCAUCAGGCAUCCGGAGCAUCGAACAGGACGCCUUCUUCGGCAUGGACACGGUGGGUCUUCUAAAGCUGGCCUACAUGGACCUCAAGGAGGUCGGGCCCUUCACAUUCCGUGGGCUCUCGAAUGUCCUUCUGCUCACCCUGCAGGAAUCGGAUCUGGGGGUGAUUUGCGCAGAUGCCUUCACCGGACUCACCCAGGUGGAGACGUUGCAGAUCCUGAACAACAAGAUCGACUCAAUUGAGGAACUGAACUUCACCAGCACGGCGGCCAUUAAGCACCUGAAGUUCUUCGGCAAUCAUGUGCUGGAGACGCCCGAUCCCAAUGCGAUCAUCGUCGAUGGGGUGGAGCACCUGCAGCUGGUGAGCAACCAUUUUCCCUGCGGCUGUCACAUUCACACCCUGCUGGACGGACCCCUGGCCGAGGGUGCCCACAAUCUGAGCGACUUCCUGCAGAAGAACUAUUGCAUAUCGCCGCUGGAGGUCAAUGGGCGGGUGAUGAGCGAACUGGACAUCGACUCCAUUGGCCGCUGCUCCGAUCAGCUGACCAAGGGCAACCUGGGCAGCUCGGCGGCCUCGCUGGCCCUCGGGAUCAACUCGAUGCUGCUCAUCGCGGUGGCCAGCUGCGCGGAGUGGCGCCACGUCCGUCUUUUGGCCCACCGGCUGGCCCAGCUCCUUGGCCAUGUGGCCUGGCGAAGGCGUCGAAAACGGCGGAAGGGCAAUUAGACGGAUGUCUCCUGCACCGACUAGCGGAGAGAACUGCAGACUACAUCUCAAGAACCGAAUUCAAGCAUCAUCUUUCCCUGCCAUUAAGUCCAUUCCGAUUAUUGACUUCGCCAGUUGUAUCCGUCAUCGACUAGAUAAACUUGGUGUUUAUGUAGAGUGAAAAGGCGGGCCAUAGAUUGCCAAAAGCAAAACGCUGCAGUUUUUUGCUAUCAUCAUGCGAAAUCUGAGGUUCUGUUGAUGUCGCUCGAACUGGAACUGGAACCCUUCUUGCCAUUCGCCAUUCGCCAUUCCUAUCCCGAAAAAUGCUGAAGCCUAGGCUAAUCCUGCAGCCAGGAUACUGCAUCCUGCAUAUCCUUCGCCCGGGGGCCCAACUACAUUUGAUUGUUAGUUGUUUACGCUUGUGUUGCCAUUUCGUUCUGUUUGCGUUAAAUGUGAAACGCGGGCAGUGGCAGUCUGCGCAAUGCGAACUGCGAAAUGCGAAAUGCAAAAUCCACAAUACAAAAUGCGGACUGCCGAUUGAACACUAAAUUAUUAUAUCAAAUUUCGAGUCAAAUGUGUGUAAAUCAUAAAGUGAACACAUAUGGACGACGGCAUAGACAAAAUCCAAUGUAAGCGUAUUUGUAUUUCCAUUUCUAUUUGUAUUUGUAUAUGUGACAGAUAAAUAUAUAAACAUAUAGCUAUAUGUACGAUGGAGAAUUUUUUUUUUUUUAUCAUAGUUGAUAGUUCAUAAAUAACUGGGAUAUUUAUUGGCCAAUUAAUAAAGAUGCAAUUUAUACAAACAUCUAUAUAUGUGAAAUUAAACAACAGCAGAGACAUAAUCUGCAUUACCUAGCCAGAUGGAUAUAGUAUAUAUGCAUACAUCCAUAUGCAUAGCCUGUCUAGUCAAUUAAUGCCACUGUAUCUUGUAUCUUUGUAUCUACGAUGGCUAUUCUAAAGCUAGCAAAAACGAAAACAAACAAACAUUUGUACUUAUUUUAUAAAUCGAGUGAAACUAUACGAGUCCGCUAUAUACGGAGCACACACUAUUAUUAUAUGGAUAAAUAUGUGAUAAAACGUUUGCAAUGCCACAAACUCACAGAUCUGGGUGGAAUGGGCGGUACGCUAUGGCCUAUAGCCAUGGCUAUAUCUAUUCUUGCCGCCCAUUUUUACCCGCACUGCAGGCUGUACAUAUCAACAGGUUACAGGUGGACAACUCUUAUCAAUUACUAACUUGCUUAUCGGAAAUGUAAAACAAAGGUAACUACCAUGUACAUUUUAUAGCGAAACCCAAACUAACCCAACUAUAUUUAUAAGUCAGCCUACGAAAUUCAAUUCGAUCUAACAGAGAAUUAAAUGUAAAUUGAAACAAUUUGUCCAAACAAUUUGCCGCAAAACGGAAAUCAAAUGAUACGAAACAGAACAACCGAUUUGUUCCGGCAAAUAAAAAAAAAAUCUUUCCAAGCAAAUUGUUUUCUAGGUGUAUGAGUAAUAUCUGUGUUGGCCUGCGUUUUUGUGUGUGUGUGUUUGCAUAUCCUUUUUUUGAGGCCCAGGAGAAUUGUUAUUCCAAUUAGACGUGUUAACGAGCGAGAGCAUUGCGAAAAAUAACACACAAGAUAUGUGCGAUAUAUACACUUAGAUAUACAAAUAAUACUUAACGUAUAGAUAUCGAAGAUUUUUUUUGUCACCCAUAGUAUUUAUGAGAAACCUUUUCCUUGUCAACCCUUAAGCUGCUAUAAAAAAAAACAAGUCUUAUACCAAACUAAUAAUACUUAUAGUGAAAAGUAAAACUAGAAAAUAUCGAUUGUUAAUACUGCGAUAACGUCUUCGAUUAAAUGUAAAAUAGCAUAAAUGUGUGACCUAAGUAAGUUCCCAUCAUCAUUAUUUUGUGUCUAAACUUGAGAAUCGAGUUGGAGGUGAAUGGGAGAGCCAUCAUAAGCACAUUGCAUUAUAAUACUAAAUAUAUAUAAUGUUAACUGUAGGCUAAAUAUGAGAUAUACAGGUGCAUAACGAUAACGAUAAUGAGAUACCAAGCUACAAAAAGAAAACUAAACCCAAGAAAGGCAAAACCGAAUACCAAACUAAACCUAUGAAAAAAUUGAUAAUCUAUAAUAAUAAUAAUAAUCAAACCUACUAUCGAUGAG